AUGGCCACAUCUGACUUGGGGGAGAUCUAUGACUUGAAUCAGAAUGUAUGGAUCUUUCAAGAUGAAAAUCUCUUUUCCGUUCCACGGAAGAAUGAUGUGGUUCCAGCCACUGUCAGUGUCAUGCCCUGCAAGUACGAGGUGUCUUCUGAUCGAAGCUUUCCCAUUUAUUUGGGAAUAAAGAAUCCAGAAAAGUGUCUGUCUUGUGAAGAGAUUGAAGGGACGCCCACACUGCAACUGGAGGAUAAGAAGAUCUUAGACCUGUACAAUGAACCUGAACCUGUGACGAACUUCCUCUUCUACCGAGACCAGGAUGGCAGGACCUGCACCUUUGAGUCAGUGGCCUUCCCUGGCUGGUUCAUCGCCUCCUCUGAUAAGGGCCAGCCCCUCUUCCUCACUUCCAACCCAGGGGGAACAGACAAUACUGCUUUUGUCUAUCAAGGCAAGAACUAA